AUGCUGGACACAACUACAAGACACUAUGAGUCUGUGCAAACGCCUCCUCCUCGUCGACCAGACGAUUUUCAACACCGUUGCGUGAACCUCAAGCUGCUGGAAGAAUUGGUGCAAAAGGCCCUGAAGGCUGCCCAAGGAUCGUCAAGAACGUUAAGAAAGCGGGGGAGGUCACCUGAAGAUGUCCAGAAUGCCUCAAAACGCGUCAAAACCGAUUCAGGCGCGGUCGCAACCUCCAGUAGCGCGACGGGGUACCAGUAUCUCCCCCAAAAUCAGCGGUCGUUCACGUUGGAACCUGGGGGUCGGGAUGAGGAAUCUGUGUCCAUCUUGAGGCAUGUGUUUGUUAUCGAAUACAGCGAGCUGAACCCAACGGGGUCGGAUGACGAACGGACUUUUGCCCGCCUGGUUACCCAGGUUAAUGAGCAGAAGAGCCUCGACAUCGGCGCCGUUCGUUUUUUCGAAGAGGGCGAUCACGUCGUUGCUGGUACGGACGAAGGACGCUGGCUGCUCUUCAUGCCCUCCCUUUCCCAAGAUGCUGACGACUACGACUAUUCGACCACGCCAGCCGUAUCCGACCUUCUGGCCGCAUGUGUGGUCCUGAGGGACGCCCAAAAGGUCGAGCUAGAGGGGAACGUGACGGUGGUUAUGGACCCCUCAGAACCGAGCAGCUUUCAGCUCAAAGUCGAGCUCGUCGUCUCCCUUGUUCUUCCCAACAUCUUCCUUUCCCUGCAUCGCAAAGCAACGAAGAAGAACAUACUAUUCGUCGAAAACGCCCAAAGGCGGAUGCUCAGCUAUGUUUACGGUGAUCGCGAUAGCACCGUCAACAACGAUAUCAACAUAUCCCACUUUUACUCGAUUCUUCAUGCAGCCAAAAACCUCUCUUCGAAACUGGCUGACGACGCGAUGCAGCCGGACCUUCUCAACCCCACCCUUCUGCCUUUUCAACGCCGGAGUGUCGGUUGGCUGCUAGGGCGAGAGGGGAGGGAUGUUUUGCCCGAUGGCUCUAUUGUUCCUUGUGCCAGCCUUGAGAGGCUGAUGUACUCAUUUUGGGAUACCAUCACCGAGGGGAACCACACUUGGUACUUCAACCGCCUGAGCGCUCAGCUCACUACCGAGCCCCCUGAAUCUCCUCCUCCCGCCUUUGGCGGCAUCCUUGCUGAAGAACCCGGCCUCGGGAAGACACUUGAAACCAUUUCGCUCAUUCUUCUCAAUCCAGCUCCUGACUCCAGAAACCCGAGCGUUACUCGAUGGGAUCCAGAGGCUCGUCUCGACGUCAAGGCGGUCAGGACGUCGCUCAUUGUCACACCCGUCUCUCUCGCCUCGCAAUGGAUUGACGAGAUUCGUGCACACGCUCCGUCCCUCAAGGUACUCGUCUACGAUGGCUGGUCCAGUGUCAAAGUCCCUAUCACCCGUACCAAACUUGAAGAAGAGCGCGCCAAGGGUCCAAAGGUGAAAGAGAAAGCACCAGCUAUCACUACUACAAAUGCGAAGAAGAAGACCCGUACCAAAACGAGACCACCCACGCACGAAGAGGUGCUCGCAGAGGAGUUGGCCAGGGACAAGGACGGCCAUCUUCUGGAGUGGUGCGACUACGUUCAGCAAUUCGAUGUUGUCAUCACCACAUACCAGGUGUUGAAGACCGACUUCAACGUCGCCAGGGCCGCCCCACUGCGCCCUCGUCGAGAGGACGUUGUGUAUCUCAACAUCGAGCGUCCGCGGAGUCCCCUCGUCAUGGUGGAAUGGAACCGGGUCAUCAUGGAUGAAGUCCAGAUGGUUGGUGGUGGAAAGGUUGAGGAUAUGGUGUCCUUGAUCCCUCGUCUUUCAUCCUUUGCCGUGUCGGGCACGCCGGCCAAGGCCCAAAUUUCGGACAUGAUUCAUGUCUUAAGGUUCCUGCGUGUGGAUGAUGUCAUUGGUUCCAGCAAGCUCUGGCACCGACUGCUCAAACCCGGAUUCGCCAGUGAAUUCGCAGCGUUCUUCCAAACCUACGCCAUCAGAACCACCAAGGCUAGCGUCAAGCAAGAGCUUACCAUCCCGCAACAGACUCGAUAUCUUGUCCCCAUCGAGCUCGGUAAAGUCGAGCGACAUGUCUACGACCAGACUCUCGAAGCUAUCCUCCUAGACCUCGGGCUCGAUGCUCGAGGAGUGGCAGCAACGGAAGGGUGGGAGGUGGAUCCCACUCUCCUUCGAUCCUCCAUUCGAAGGCUGAGAGGUAUCUGUACCCAUCCGCAAGUCGGCCAGCUGCAGCGACGGGGUGACAUGUACAAGAAGGGGGCCUUGAAGACGAUGGACGCUGUUCUUGAGAGCAUGAGGGACCAAAGCUGGAAGCAUGUAAUGGAACAUUGGAAGGCCAAGAUCCAUGCCAUGACCAGAUAUGCCCAACUCAUCCAACGUGACGAAUUCCGACCCAACCGACACCAACUCGCCCGCGAGGCUCUGGAAGCGGCGGAACAAGAAGCCAACAAACAUAUUGAAGAGAUCAACAACGCGCUCGCGGAGCACAAGGCGAAAGGCGAAGUUCUGAAGAAAGAGGCGGCCGCACGACGACGCGAACUGGCACAAUCGGAAUCCUCGGAGACGGAUAAAGGGAAGGGGAAGGCGGUGGCUGAGGAGACGUCUGACGAGGAUGACCACGAUGAUGAUGACAGCGACGAAGAGCAUGCGGAGGAUAAGGGGCUACCCAAGACCCCCGCUGGCAAGGAGCACCGCAGCAAGACGCAGGCGCUCAAGUCUCGCUUGAGGGAAGGGAAGCUUCUCCUGCAUCAAGUCAAGUUCUUGCAGGGUGAUGUUUUCCACGUGUUGGGAGAGGUUCAUGCGGCGGACGAGGACGCGGCUUAUGAAGCUGCGGAGAAGAUUCGACGUGACUUGCUUCAAGCGACGGAGGACGAAGCUACACGAGCGAUGACUGUUCUGCAGGAGGGGCCUGCGAGCGUUCAGCGGCCUUCGCAGGCUGAUCUCAAGUUGCCGGUGCCAUUCUUUGGUCAAGGCGGGAUACGCUCAUCUGAAUUGAUGGAAGAAGUCAACACGAUCAUCGAGGACGUUUUGAACCCUCAAACCAAGCUCCUCUUCAAAUGGCGAGCUCGCAUCAUGGAACUGCUCACCAAGAAGUUGAACCCGGGCGAAGAAGCCGACGGCAGAGAGUACGAGCGGAAUCUCGACGACCAGGGCGAGGUGGAGGUGCUCCUUCAAGCAUACGCUGCCCUCCUGGCCGAUCGUCGUGAAGCAUUGGUGAACGAACGAACUCUCUUGGCCGCACACGACGCUCGGGAUAAACGCCUCCGACAGACAAAGGCUGCCUCCAAGGCUGCUCUGGCCCUGGACUUUUUGAAGGAAAACCAGUAUAAUACUGCUUUGCAGCUCCCGAAGGACUUUGAAGUGAAUGCGGAGUUCCAGGUUCAGUAUAAGGAGAUGACGGAUGCGAGGAAGAAGUUGGUCGCUGCGUUGGGUGGCAGAGCUAUUAAGAGUGUGCUGAUCGAUCUGAACGGCGUUUCUGCUCGUAUUACGAAUAAGAAGGACCCAGAGCGGCUGAUUGUGAAUGAAGCUGUCGCUUCUAUUCGACGUCUAAUGCAGACUCAAGCCACCCUCCACGACAAACUGGAUGCCGACCUCGCUCUCAUGCGCAAAGCCUUCAAUGAGCGUAUCCUCUACUUCCGACAACUCCAAGAAAUCUCCGAUUCCGUAGCUGAAGUCGAAUGGGAGGAACCUACUUUGGAGAUGGCGAUUGAAGUUUGUGCGCAGAUGAGGGAGGACCAUGAUGCGAGGAUCAACACCGGUCGAGCUCGGCUGCGCUAUGUGACGAAUCUCGUGGAUUCGAAGGAGGGAAACGCGGGAGAGGACGACGAGGAGAAUCGAUCCAGGGUUGCUGUCAACCCUGAUACCGUCCAGAGGUUUACUGUCAGCACCGAUCCGACCGACGAAGCUCCCAAACAGCCUAUCAAUGGAGAAACCGUCCCUAUGUCCCGUCGAAAGAUUGCCUACAAUACCAUAGACAGGGAAGUAUACGACCAGAUCCAAAACAUGGAGUCCUAUGGAGACUAUGGAAGCAAGAUCCAAACUCUAAUCCGACACUUGCUCUAUGUUCAAACGACCGAUCCUGGAAGCAAGAGCAUCGUCUUCUCUGCUUGGGCUGAUUCUUUGCAUAGUAUCAGAUGUCUGAGGAUCGACCAAAACUCCAGAGGAGAGAGCGCUGCUAAGAAGUUCAGGACCGAUGAAGAAAUACUCGUGUUACUGCUCCAUGGUGAACGUGAAAAUGCGGGCCUCAAUGUUACUUUUUAUUGCUACUACGCCGAAGAUACCGUCGAGCGCAACAUCCUCGAUUUGGCGGCGAGAAAGGGGUUAUCCCUGUAUACCAAAGAAAACUCAGCUGGAACAUUAGAUGUCUCUUCCUUCUCACAGGAAGCUGACAAGGCUGUCGUCGAUUCGCCUGCCAAGAAACGGCAGAAGGGAGAUUUCAUUUUCAGGGUGGAUGACAUGCUGGCUGUACUCUUCCCUCAUAUGUAUGAGGAUAUUGAAUUUCUACUCCCUCCCUCGGAAGGCGGGACGCCUUCUGAAGAUAUUGAGAUGGGAGAUGUUGCUCGACAUGAGGACAAUCCGUUCAUCUCUCGUGGUGGACGGGUUAAUGCCGUUGCUGGACCUUCUCGUCUCCGGUAG